AUGGAAGCGCUCGAAACUUUAAUUCGAGAUGCAACACAAGCAUUUGCAACGUUCCAAAACGAUAUCAGUGGACGGCUCGCUGGACCGUCAAUGGACAAGCUCGACUACCAAAGACCCUACCGCGACAACAAAAUAGAAAGAAUUCAUAGUCUGGAGUCGGCAGGAACUGAUGAGUCCGAUCCACAGGACACGAUCGAAGCAAGAUUGAUCUCCACACAUCGUACAGCAACUCAAUACUGGCUUGCCCUCGUAGUGCUCAGUCUAAAGCUCACCGACAACGAGGAACUAUUGCUGCUCUUCUCUCUCGGCUGA